UCUAAAGUUUCGAGGAGCAUUGAAUAGGAUCCCAUCUCUCUCUCUCUCAAAAACUCGAAAAUUUUUGAGUUCCAAACUCUCUCUUCCCUUCUUCUAUUGAACGUUCCACGGCUUCUUCUUCUUCUCUUCCCUCAUUCACCCCCAAAUUCAUUCUUUCUCUUCUUUUCACUGUUCCUUUUUCUUAAUUGUUCCUCUAACGUAGAAACGCGGGAGAGAGAGGCACACAUAAAAUUAACCUAUUUUCCUUUUUUUUCUUACCCCUUUUUUCUGCUCUCUUUUUUUUUUUUCACUUAUUGUUCUUCUUGUUCUUGCUGUUGCUGCCUCGGAUCAAACCGGUCACAGUUGUUUUUCGCUUCAGAGAUCUCUCUGCUCGACUUGUGUUUUUCCAGCAAAACUUCAAUUUUCCCGUGAAAAUCGACAAAUUGUUGCAGAGAUGAAGAGGACAAGGGAUGAUGCUUACUCUGGCUCUCAAUUCAAACGGCCCUUUGCUUCCUCACGUGGUGAUUCCUAUGGCCAAACCCAAGGGGCUGGAGGAGGAAGUGGAGGAGGUGGUGGUGGAGGAGCAACCCCGUCUCAGAAAUUGACAACCAAUGAUGCCUUAACUUAUUUGAAGGAAGUGAAAGACAUGUUUCAGGAUCAGAGAGAAAAAUAUGACUUGUUCCUUGAGGUCAUGAAAGAUUUCAAGGCUCAGAGGACUGACACUGCUGGUGUCAUAGCAAGGGUGAAGGAGCUAUUCAAAGGGCACAACAAUUUGAUAUUUGGAUUUAACACUUUCUUGCCUAAGGGAUAUGAGAUAACACUUGAUGAGGAAGAGGCUCCUCCGAAGAAAACAGUUGAAUUUGAAGAAGCGAUUAGUUUUGUGAACAAGAUAAAGAAACGAUUCCAAAAUGAUGAGCAUGUUUACAAAUCAUUCUUGGACAUUUUGAACAUGUACCGCAAAGAGCAUAAGGACAUUGGUGAGGUUUAUAGUGAGGUUGCUACCCUUUUCAAGGACCAUACAGAUUUGCUCGAUGAGUUCACUAGAUUCUUACCAGAUACUUCUCAAGCACCUUCUGCACAGCAUGCUCCAUAUGGUCGAAGUUCAUUGCAGCGAUUCAAUGAGCGGAGUUCUACAGCACCCAUGAUGCGACAAGUGCAUGUAGACAAGCAACGUUAUCGACGAGACAGGAUUCUUGGCUCUCAUGAUCGUGAUCAGAGCGUUGAUCGAGCUGAUCUGGAUGAUGACAAAAUAAACAUGCACAAGGAGCAGAGGAAACGUGAGAAUAGGGAUAGAAGAGUCCGUGAUCAUGAUGAGAGAGAACAAGAUCUUGAUAAUGGCAGGGAUUUGAACUUGCAACGCUUUCAAGACAAAAAGAAAUCUGUCAAGAAGGCGGAAGGGUUUGCCAUGGCUUCUGACUUUCCUUCAUAUGAUGACAAAGAUGCGUUAAAGACCAUGUAUGGUCAAGCAUUCAGCUUCUGCGAGAAAGUUAAGGAGAAGUUGAGCAGUUCUGAUGACUACCAAGCAUUCUUGAAGUGCCUUCACAUUUUCAGCAAUGGGAUAAUAAAAAGGAACGAUUUGCAAAAUUUGGUAACUGAUUUACUUGGAAAACACUCUGAUCUAUUGCAUGAAUUCAAUGAUUUCCUGGAGCGUUGUGAAAAUAUUGACGGAUUCCUUGCUGGUGUCAUGAGUAAAAAGUCUCUGUCUACCGAUGGUCAUAUAUCAAGAUCAUCAAAGUUGGAGGACAAAGAUAAAGAGCACAAGCGUGAGAUGGAUGGACCUAAAGAGAAAGAAAGAUACAGUAAAUACUCGGGAAAAUCCAUUCAAGAACUCGAUCUUAGUGACUGCAAACGUUGUACUCCAAGCUAUAGGCUGCUGCCUGCAGAUUAUCCAAUUCCUGUGGCUAGUCAGAGAUCUGAACUUGGAGCUCAAGUAUUGAAUGACCACUGGGUAUCUGUGACUUCAGGGAGUGAGGAUUACUCUUUCAAACAUAUGCGCAGGAAUCAGUAUGAAGAAAGCUUGUUCAGAUGCGAAGAUGACAGAUUUGAGAUGGACAUGCUAUUAGAGUCAGUGAGUUCUGCUGCGAAACGUGUAGAGGAGUUGUCUAAUAGCAUUAAUGAAAAUAAGAUGGAGAACCUGGGCCGUAUUGAAGAUCAAUUUACUGCUUUAAAUUUAAGGUGCAUUGAACGUUUGUAUGGUGACCAUGGUCUCGAUGUGAUAGACAUUUUGCGUAAAAAUCCAACUCAUGCUCUGCCUGUAAUAUUGACUCGACUUAAGCAGAAACAAGAGGAGUGGACUAAGUGUCGUGCAGAUUUCAAUAAAGUUUGGGCUGAAAUUUAUGCUAAGAACCACUACAAGUCACUCGAUCACCGUAGCUUCUAUUUCAAGCAACAAGAUUCAAAGAACUUGCACACGAAAUAUUUGGUGACCGAGAUUAAAGAAAUUAAAGAGAAGCAGCAAAAAGAGGAUGAUAUUCUUCAGUCCAUUGCUGCUGGAAGUAAACAGCCUCUAACUCCACAUCUUGAGUUUGAAUAUCCUGAUGCUGCAAUUCAUGAAGACUUGUAUAAACUUAUUCGGUAUUCAUGUGAGGAGAUUUACUCUAGUAGGGAGUUGAUGAAUAAAACUAUGAGGCUCUGGUGUACCUUUUUGGAACCGAUGCUUGGUGUUCCUUCCCGAUCUCAUGGGACAGAAAAGGUGGAAGAGAGGAAAGCAGGGCCUAAUGUUGGCAAUGCAGGCAAUGGAAGUCCUCAUGGAGACUCCAUUUCAAUUAAUUCAAGGUUACCAAAAUCUGACAAGAAUGAAGCAGAUGGUAGAGUACCUGAUGUAAAGAAUGUUCACCGGACUAGUGCUGCAGCUAAUGAUAAAGAAAAUGGAUCUGUUGGUCGUGAAAAUGUCUGUAGAGAUGAACUCCCACUGGAUAAAGGGCAGACAAAUAUAGAGUGCACCGAUAAAGUCUCUGGGAUUAAUAAACAAUUUUCUGCUGAUGAACAAGGAGCUAAAAACAAUGCAUUAAUUUCAGUUAGAGGAGAAAAAUUAGAAGAUAAUCCUAGCAGGAACAACGAAGAAUUGACUCCAGGCACUGUCACUACUCCUUCUCGACCUACUGACGCUGACGAAUCCGUACCUAAACCUCAGGAAGUAAAUGCUACUUUGGUAGAGGGGUCUGAUGUUACAGCUCCAGUUACAGUGGCCGAUGGGGUACCAACUCAGAGCAGUAAAGUUAGAAGCCAUGAAGAAUCUGCUGGGCCUUGUAAAACUGAAAAGGAAGAGGGCGAGUUAUCACCAAAUGGUGAUUCGGAGGAGGAUAACUUUGUUGCUUAUGGAGAUUCAAAUGUGCAGUCAAUGUCUAAGUCAAAGCACACUAUUGAGAGAAGAAAAUAUCAGUCCAGAAUUGGAGAGGAUGAGUCCUGCCCAGAGGCUGGAGCAGGCGAUAAUGAUGCAGAUGCAGAUGAUGAGGACAGUGAAAAUGUGUCUGAAGCUGGUGAAGAUGUCUCGGGCAGUGAAUCUGCUGGUGAUGAAUGCUUCCGAGAGGACCACGAGGAUGAGGAAGAUAUAGAGCAUGAUGAUGUUGAUGGUAAGGCUGAGAGUGAAGGUGAAGCAGAGGGUACAUGUGAUGCACAAUCUGCUGGAGGAGAUGGUUCAUCUCAGCCACAUUCAGAAAGGUUUCUUUCGUCUGUGAAACCUCUGACAAAGCAUGUUUCAGCAGUGUCAUAUGUUGAAGACAUGAAGGAUUCAAGGGUGUUUUACGGAAAUGAUGAUUUCUAUGCACUUUUUAGGCUUCAUCAACUUCUUUAUGAAAGGAUCUUGUCUGCAAAAACCAAUGCCACGAAUUCAGAAAUGAAAUGGAAAGCCAAGGAUGCCAGCUCCCCAGAUCCUUAUUUGAAAUUUAUGGAUGCAUUGUACAGCCUUCUUGAUGGAUCUUUUGAGAAUGCAAAGUUUGAAGAUGAAUGCCG